CCCAGCUGCCCCGCAGUUAGCAGCAAGACAUGGCGUGGCGCGGGUCCCUCGCGGGGGCCUUAUGGCUCGCCGCCCUCACAACACUAGCGGCGGGACAAGUUUUAACGCCGCCUUAUUUUAAUUUAGCGGAAAACCGACGCAUCACAGCCACGUCGACGUGCGGCGAGGGCGUGGCGGGGCCCGAGGAAUACUGUAAACUGGUGGGCGCCAACGCCGACAGCGGCUACUCCAGCACGCUCAUCCAGGGAGGACAAUGGUGCGACCGAUGCGACCCUACCCACCCCGAGAACGCCCAUCCCCCCAACUAUGCCAUCGACGGGUCCGAGAGAUGGUGGCAGUCCCCUCCGCUCUCCCGCGGCAUGGAAUACAACGAGGUCAACCUUACCAUCGAUCUCGGCCAACUGUUCCAGGUGGCCUACGUGCUCAUCAAGAUGGGCAACUCCCCGCGGCCCGGCGUCUGGGUGCUGGAGCGCUCGGUGGACAACGGCGAGACCUACACCCCGUGGCAAUACUUCGCGGACAGCCCCGGAGACUGUGAGAGUUACUUCGGCUUUGAGAGUCUGGAGCCAAUCUCAGAGGACGAUGAUGUUAUCUGUGUGACUCACUUCUCCAAGGUGGUGCCUCUGGAGGGGGGAGAGAUUGUUGUGUCGCUGCUCAACAACCGUCCAUCGGCCAACAGUUUCUUCAACUCGUCAGUUCUUCAGGAGUUCACCCGAGCCACCAACGUGCGUCUCCGUCUCCUCCGCACCAAGACUCUUCUCGGCCACCUCAUGUCUGUGGAACGCAGGGAUCCCACAGUCACCAGGAGGUACUUUUACUCGGUCAAGGACAUCAGCAUAGGUGGGCGGUGUGUAUGCAAUGGGCAUGCAGACGUAUGUGACAUAACUGACCCCAACGACCAGUACAAGCUACAGUGCAGGUGCCAACACAACACCUGUGGCGCUCAGUGUGAGUCCUGCUGUCCAGGCUUCAUUCAAAAGAAGUGGAGGCCGGCCAGUUACCAGGACAGCUUUGUGUGUGAACCAUGCAACUGCCACGGCCACAGUGAUGAAUGUCUCUUCAGUGAAGAAGUCAAUGCUCAGAUGCUCUCGCUUGACAUCUAUGGAAACUUUGAGGGUGGAGGAGUGUGUCAGAACUGCCAAGACAACACUGAAGGCAUCAACUGUGACCAGUGCAGGUCAGGCUACUUCCGUCCUUACGGAAAGAAUCUCAACGACACAGAUGUCUGUCAGCCUUGUAACUGCAACUUCUUUUACUCGACUGGUAACUGUGCUGAAGGUUCAGGGCGCUGUGAGUGUCGUCCGGCCUUCCUUCCUCCAGAUUGUCAGGAGUGCAAUGAGGGUUACUAUGACUACCCAGAGUGUAAGCCAUGUGACUGCUUCCAGCGAGGCACUGUGGGAGGCGUGUGUCAGGUGGGUGGUGGGCAGUGCCCUUGCGAGGUGAAUUACACUGGUCUUAACUGUAACCAGUGUGCUGUAAGCUACUUCGGCUUCCCUGACUGCCAGAAAUGUAACUGCAGCUCUGUUGGUGCACUCAACGAUGCCUGCAACCCAGAGACUGGCGAUUGUGACUGUGAGAGCAAGUAUGGGGGAAGGACAUGUGACCGCUGCCAGCAUGGCUACUACAACUUCCCGUCCUGCACCUUCUGCAACUGUGAUGCCCAAGGAACAGAGGCUGACAUUUGUGACAAGGAAACUGGAGAGUGUCUGUGCAAGGAAGGAUUCAGCGGUGACCGUUGUGACAGCAAUGCUCCAGGGUGGUGGGGCUACCCUCUCAUCCAGAACUGUGGCUGCCACGAGAAAGGCUCUGCCUCCACUGACUGUGAUGCCUCGGGUCAGUGUGCCUGUCUCCUCGGGUUCUCUGGUCGGGCAUGCAGUCAGUGCAGUCCGGGCUACUUCAGCUUCCCAGACUGUAUCCCUUGCAACUGUGAACAAUCUGGCAGCAUUGGGAUAUCAUGCAACAACAAUGGGGAAUGCAAGUGCAAAAACAACUUCAGUGGUACUCACUGUGACAUGUGCAGUGAAGGCUUUUACAACUUCCCUAUUUGUGAAGAGUGCAACUGCAAUCCUGCUGGUGUCCUGGCGACAUUUGGUGGGUGUGGGGACGCACCGGCCGGGGAGCUGUGUCAGUGCAAGGAGCGAGUCAGCGGCAGGAUCUGUGACAGGUGCAAGCCACUCUACUGGAACCUGAAGCGAGACAACCAUCUAGGCUGUGAGCCCUGCGACUGCCACAUCCCUGGCACGCUGGGGGGCAUGGCUACUUGUGACACUGAGACUGGACAGUGCAUCUGUAAGCCUGGAGUCACCUCUCUCCGCUGCAACCAGUGCCGUGACGGGACAUUCGGCCUGCGUGAGGAAAGCUUGUUUGGAUGCACAGACUGUGGUUGUAACGUGGGAGGCUCGGUGGAUGAUGUAUGUGACAAGUUCACCGGUCAGUGUCGCUGCCGUCCGAGGGUGACCGGGCAGCAGUGUGAUGAGCCUCUGCAGCUCCACUACUUCCCAACACUGUACCAGUUGCAGUAUGAGGCUGAGGACGGACACACUCCACACAACACUGCUGUCAGGUUUGCGUAUGAUGAAAACGUGUUCCCUGGCUACUCCUGGAGGGGCUACGCAGUCUUCUCUGACAUCCAGAAGGAGAUCAUCCAGGAAGUGUACAUCGAAAAGCCAUCAACCUACCGCAUGGUGAUGUUCUACCACAACCCAAGCGACCGCACCAUUGUUGGCAAGGUCACUCUCACGCCGGAUAAUCCCAGUGACAUAGAGCAGGAGUUUGAGGUAUACUUUGUGCCAACCACCCAACCCACACUCAUGACAGUGAAGAAUGUGCCUGGCAACUUCCCCAUCCCUCUUGUCAUGAACCCCGGCGUCUGGUCCAUCUCCAUUAAAAACACACACAACCUGUUCCUGGACUACUUCGUGUUGCUGCCUCUGGCUUACUAUGAGGGCACCAUCCUCACUAGGAAUGUGACCACCCCAUGCAGGAUGGGUAUGCGCAGUGGUGACAUGUGCCUUCACUAUGCCUACCCUGACAUUUUCCAGUAUGACUACAUUUAUGGGUCAGCAGGCUACCGAAGUGUGGGAGAGGAGCGGCAGGCAGUGGACCUCUUUGAGGAUUAUCAGGUUUUAAGUCAAGUUGAGUCUCGCCCGAUGGCUUGGCUUAACCACAACCAGCCGCUGCUGCAGUACGACCUGCGUCUGGCCAGGCCCGGACGCUAUGUGCUGCUGUUCAACUACUACACCCCGGAGAGGUCCCCCACUAGUACUGUACUAGUGGAGACCUCCACCAUGAAGGGGCGUGAGAAGGGGCGGGCUGUGGUCUACGACUGCAUGUACUCCAAUCUCUGCCGCCAGGUGGUGACUGACCUCUCAGGGAAAGUGGGAGUCUUUCACUUUGACAGCAAUUAUGUCAGCCUCAACAUUGAGGGUGAGACCAACACCAACAUAGCCCUGGAGUCUGUUGUGGCUGUGCCAUAUGAAAGUUGGCAUGAGGAUCUCUUACGACCCCAGCGAGUGUGCACCAGGGUGGACGGGGAGUGCAUUGAAACCCACUACCCCUCUCCCCGAGAGUCUGUCAAGGUGGAGUUUGAGUCUAACCUGGAGGGCAAGAUGGUACAGGAGUUGCCCGAAGGCAUCAUCAACGGCACUGGUCUGGUGUUCCUCAACCACAGCGAUCCCAUGGUGGACAUCACCGGCAAGCUGAAGUAUGCUGGCAGAUAUUUGUUCAUCGUCCACUAUUACCAGCCACUCUACCCGGAUGAUGAGUUGGUUGUGCUCCUCACUCACUCAAGGAACGAAGAGUUUGAGGUCGACGUUCUCAUUCAGAACGGACAGUUCUAUGAGGGCAGCCUGAAGGUUCCUCACUGCCCCAGCACCUCGGGUUGCCGCACCCUCAUCCAGCAGCUGGAUGGGUCAUACGUGUUUGACAUCCUUGAAAACUUUGUGCUGUCUCUUAAGGAGCCAAACCACAAGUCCAUCUGGUUGGACUAUGUGUUGGUGGUUCCAGAGCAGCAGUUCAUGGAGCAGAUCAUGCAUGAGCUGCCAGUGGAGAGAACAACUGAGUACAUCAAGUACUGUGGUCACAACAAUUUCCACAUUGACACCAACUCAUCAGAGUUCUGCAAGAAAGCAGCCUUUGAGCUGACGAUGGACUACAACAGUGGUGCCCUUGCCUGUCAGUGUGACUUCUAUGGUUCAGAGAGCUUUGAGUGCGAGAAGUUUGGUGGUCAAUGUCCAUGUCGCCCCAACAUCAUCGGCAAAAGAUGCAACCGAUGCAAGACUGGAUACUAUGGUUUCCCCGAGUGCCGCCCAUGUGCUUGCCCCUCCACUGCUCUCUGUGUUCCUGACACUGGGGAGUGCAUCUGUCCUCCCCGAGUGGAGGGUGACCGCUGUGACCGCUGUGCCCCCUACACCUAUGGUUAUGACCCUAUCAUUGGGUGUGAGGAGUGCCAGUGUUCCCCACUGGGUGUGAGAGCCGGCAACCUGCAGUGUAGCCUCCAGACGGGCCAGUGUGACUGCAAGGAAAAUGUUGUGGGUCGCAGGUGUGAUCGUUGUGCUGCUGGCUACUGGGGCUUUGCCUUCUGUCAGCUGUGUGAGUGUGACCUGCGGGGGAGUGAGGCAGACAUUUGUAGUCAGGAAGAUGCAAGGUGCUAUUGCAAGCUUAAUGUUCAAGGACGCUCCUGUGAAUCUUGCCGACCAGGAUCUUACAAUCUGGAGGAGAGCAACCCUGAUGGCUGCACUAAAUGCUUCUGUUUUGGAAAAUCAGACUAUUGUUCCUCAGCAGAUGUUUACUGGGCAGCAGUGGAGGAUGAUGACAUUUCAAGGUGGAGUGUGGUGGUGGUGGAGCAGGCCCAAGGGUUCCAGAGUGGUGCCUCCCUCACCUUCAGCUCCCUGUCUGUGCCUCCUGUGUACUACCAAGACCUCAUACAGCAGGACCUGGAGGGGGUUGAGGACUACUUCCCAGGGGCUCAGGUCUUCUUUACAGCUCCUCCCAGCUACCUUGGCAAUCACGUGAAGUCGUACGGUGGCUACCUGCGCUACUCCCUCGUCUUCGUGCGAGCAAAUGAAGGAACGGAGGUCAGCGGUCCCACUGUUCUCCUCAAGGGAGGUGACAUCAUUGCACAACACUUCUCUCCUACUGAGCCAACCACACCAGAAACAUUCACCAAUGACAUCAAACUAACAGAACACAACUUCAGGACUCUGUCAGGGCUGCCCUUGGAGCGGGACCAGUUCAUGAUGCUCCUGUACAAGCUGGAAGGUGUGUUCAUCCGUGCCAACUACUGGAGCAGCUCAUUUGAGGCCAGACUGUUCAGUGUGAGCCUAGAUGUGCCAGUGACAGAUGGACAAGUAUCUAGUGCAAGACAGGCUGUCUCAGUUGAGCGUUGCCAGUGCCCCAGCAAUUAUGAAGGCUCUUCCUGCGAGGACUGUGCCCGUGGUUACUACCGUGCCCAGCGGGGGCCCUAUGGGGGUUACUGCGUCCCUUGUCAGUGUAAUGGCCACUCAGAUGUGUGUGACAGAGAAACUGGCAGAUGUCUGAACUGUCGUCACCACACAGUUGGCGACCACUGUGAGAUGUGUGCCUCAGGGUACCAUGGAAAUGCCACCAAGGGCACUCCCUAUGACUGCCUUAUCUGUGCCUGUCCACUGCCUUCCAUCACCAACAACUUUGCUGAAAGCUGUUUCUUCCUCGAUGACGGGAACUCUGUGCGCUGUGACUGCAAGGAGGGUUAUGUUGGUGAGCGGUGUGAACGCUGUGCUGCAGGAUACUAUGGCCAGCCAGAGGUUCUUGGGGACAGCUGUCAGCCCUGCCAGUGUAACAACAACAUCAACCCGCUGGACCAAUACUCAUGCGACUACAUCACCGGCCACUGCCUCACCUGCCUCAACAACACCUAUGGCGACGCCUGCGAGAGGUGUGCACCCGGCUACUACGGGGACGCCAUCGCCCUCAAGAACUGUGAACGCUGUUCAUGUGAUGAGUGUGGCACCCAGAACUGUGAGCAUUACUCUGGAGAAUGUCAGUGCUAUGAAAACGUGAUUGGCGAGGACUGUGACCGCUGUGCUCCAGACCACUGGGGCUUUGCCUCCUGUCAGGGCUGCCAGCCGUGUCAGUGUGGGUUGGCAUCCUUGAGAAAUCAGUGUGAUGAAGGGACAGGCCAGUGUGAGUGCCAAGCAGGAGUCACGGGACAGAGAUGUGACCACUGCCGACCUGGCUUCUGGAACUACACUCAGUAUGGUUGUCAAGAAUGUCUGUGUCGUGAAGGGUUCAGCAUCGGUGUUGGCUGUGAUCCCCGGACAGGCCAGUGCCAAUGUCUUCCUGGAGUGAUCGGAGACAACUGCGAUGGAUGCCCUUACAGGUGGGUACUUGUGGAAGGCUAUGGGUGUCAGGAGUGUGGUGACUGUGUCCAUGCUCUCCUCGACACAACGGACGAACUUUCCCAACUUAUCGAGCCCACCAUAAAUGAGUUCCAGAGUGCUGCCUACAGCUUCUUCCUGCACCAGCGACUCGAUGUCAUCAACAGCACGGCAAACCAGCUUAAGCCUCAAGUUCGUCUGUUGGACAUCUCUGAGACAGAAACUCUGUCUGUGGAUGGUCCUCUUGCUACCCUCAUGAAGGAAGCCCAGGCAUUGUCCUCCCAGACUGGCAUUGUUGGGGACCGUGCCAGGGGAGCAGCUGGAGAAGCUUUCCAGAUGCACAUUGAUGCCCUCAAAGUUCAGGAGCAUGUGGAGGCUGCCUUCGCCCUCACUCGUGACAUUGUCCAGGAAAUCAACAUACUCGUCAUUGGUCUUGAGACCGGCACAGGAGCUGAGCUUGGGCAGGCUAUCAGUGAAGCUGAAGCUAUUGUGGCUGAGAUGGAACUUCGAAACUUUGAGGGACAAAAUGAUAAAGUAGAAGUGGAGCUGGAGCAUGCCAAGGAGUUGUUGGAGAAGAUGCAAAACUUUUUCACUCCUGUAAAGGAACAGAGAGAAGAUAUGGACUCAUAUGGAAAUCGUCUCAGUACCUUUAAGGAAAAGGUGAAUGAGAUGAAGGAUCACAUCCAGACAGCCAAGCAGAAGUUGAAGGAAGGCAGGGAGAUAAUAGAGAACAACAAGAUUCAUGGAUAUCCGCAGCUGAAGAAAAAGUUGGAGGAUAUCCACCUUCUAUCAAAGCAGGCUGAGAAAAACAACAAGGAUGCUAAAGAAUUGGUUGAUGAAGCAGGAGACAACCAUGCUAAUGCCACCAGCAACUAUGAAAUGCUAGUGAGGGAUGUGGAGCAGCUGCGAAGUGCCAAGACGACCCUCAACAAGACAGUGGUGCAGACGAUGGAUGAACUGGAGGAGGCCGAGCUGCCAGCGCAAAGAGCUAUAGGCCAUUCAGAGCUGCUGCAACAGAGGGCUGCAGCCUUGGAUGGGCUCCUGCAGGACACACGAAAAGUGGCAGAAAAUGCUCUUGGAGCAGCCAAUGCCUACAAGAACAUUGUCAUGGCCAUUGAUGAUGCAUACAAUGCCUCCUUGUCAGCCAACAUGUCUGCUUUCAGGGCUGUGGAGAUGUCUGUUGGUGUGACAGACCAGGCACUUGAGUCCCAUGAGAGAUCUGAGGUGAAGUACAGCCUGGCUGAAACACGCAUGCAGCAGGUGAAGCAAGACCUACGGCCUCAGCUGGAGAACGCUGAGGCUGAUGUCCGUACAUUGCGUGACAUGAACCGUUACACCAACGACACACUUACCUUCAUUAACAUCAACCUAAACAGUCUUGAUAUGGAGGCGAUAUCCAAUGAUGCAGCAACUCUUAAGGAGAGGGGUGUGCAGUCCAGGGAUGAUGCUGACGAGGCCAUCCUAAGCAUCAAUGUUGUGGAGGAGCAGCUGCCACAGGCUGCUGAUGAGUCCCGUGUCCUGCUGAAGAAUAUGGCGGAGGGCAGUAAGGCCAUUACUCUUGCUUACGAGUCAGUGGAAGGUGCAGAAAAGCAGCUGCCUGAGGCCCUGGAGCUGGCUGAGCGCCUCCGCCCUCAGAAGGAGAGGAUCCAGAUGAAGGGCAUUGACAUGGGUGAGCGGCUGGAGAAGCUUCGCCUCACCAUCCAGAAGACCCGAGAGCUGGCCAACAAGAUAAAGGUGGGGGUGUCCUUCCUGCCCAACACAACAAUCGAAGUGGAGAACCCAAGGGAUAUGACCAAGGCUUCAACGUCCACGAAGGUGUCAACCUUCAUAAAGACAAACCAGCCCUCUGGCCUCAUCUUCUUCAUGGGAACUCCCGUUGGGGGUCACCAACGCAUGCGGCGCACCACCACUGAUGACUUCCUUGCUCUUGAGCUGGACAGAGGCUACGUGCGGCUCACUAUGAACCUUGGUGCCGGGCCUCACACAAUGGAGUACAACAAGCUCUUUGUGGCUGAUGACAUCUGGACCAAGAUUGCUAUAGAAAGGACAGGAAAGGUGGUGAAGCUGGAUGUGUCCCGAGAGGAUGUGGACACAGAGCCUGUGGAGGAGGUUCUGCCCGGACGAUAUUCUGUUUUCAAUUUGGACCCCAAAGUCAGCAAGAUUUUUGUGGGCGGCAUCCCGGCUGGGGUGGAGGUGGACCGUUCUAUCCUCAGUGUUUCUUAUGAUGGCCAGAUGGAAGACCUGCGCCUCAACGACCAGUUCAUUGGACUCUGGAACUUCAUGUCCAGUGGCACAGAGAACAACUACCAGCGAGGUGCUAUGGGAAGGGAUAGCUUUGUGGAUCUGGUCCCUCCAACCGGUCUCAGAUUCAACGGAGAAGGGUAUGCGGCUCUGGACACUCGCAAUGGAUUUAGCUUUGAGAGGCAGUUUGAUCUUCAACUGAACUUUAAAACUUAUGCUGAGGAUGGAAUUCUCUUCAUGAUUACUGGAGGUCCUGGCAAGUACAUCGCCCUGUCCAUGGAGGAAGGCCAUGUAAUCUUCCAGUUCGACCUUGGCUCAGGGGGUGCCAUCAUGCGUUCUGAAAAUGCCUACAAUGAUGGACAGGAUCAUCGAGUUGAAGUGGCCCGAGAGAAAAACAGAGGAGUCCUAAGGAUCGGCUCAGAGACCCUGAGUGGUCAGUCUCCUGGCACGGCAGAACUCUUCUCCGACGUGCCGGACACCAUGUACUUUGGUGGCUACCCGGGUGAACACGACUUUAUAGAUGUGACAAAUGAUGACUUCAGUGGCUGCAUUGAUGGCGUCAUCCUUUCCUCUCUCACUGUUGACCUGUCCACCAGUAAGGAGAUUCUUGGCACGGCGCCCGGGUGUCCCAUCCAGGUGGCAAAUCUGGUUUCCUGGGAUGCACAUGCUCCCGGUUAUGUGCAAUUUGACAGUCCAGAAGGAAGUGGGUUGCAGUUAGUUUUUAAAUUCAAGACCAAUCAGCCUGAUGGUCUGAUCCUGUACACUGCCACCAGUAACCAGAACAGCUACUUGUCCCUCUCACUCGCUGACAGUGCCCUCAUCUUGCGAGAUGCUCCGGGAGGAGAACUAACCACUGGAUCCUAUGACAAAUACAACGACAGCGAGUGGCACGUAGUCAUUGCCACUCGUGAACACAAUCAGCUGCGUCUCGACAUCGACGACUUCAAAACAUACAGUGUACGAGUGCCACAGCAAGCAGUGCCUUUCGAUGGCCCGGUGUACUUUGGUGGCGUACCAGACAUGAAGUUACUGGCAGCUGCCUCAGCCACUGGUGCCAACUUUAUUGGAUGUAUUGGAGAUGCAACACUCAAUGGAAAAAUAGUUAACUUUGCCCAAAGUCAAAGUCAGCUCAAUGCCAUGUUGCAGAAGUGUCCGCUACAGAAGAGCACCUCAGUGUUAGUCCAGCCAUCAACAGACCAAGAGGCAGAGAGCACCCACACCACAGACCCGGAUCUCCGCAUCAUUGCUGAGCUGCCGGUGAUAGAGGGAGUAGUCGACAAGGAUGUUGAUCCCUCCCCUGAGCCCACUCCUUAUUAUCCCCCCCCUGCUCCUCCUUCCACCACCACCACCACCACCACCACCACCACCACAACAACCACAACAACCACUGCUCUGCCAGUUAUGGUGGAGACAACCACAGAGGAGGUGCCCAUGGACAGCUGUGCCUUGCCACUGGUACCAGAGGAUGAGGACGUCGACUCCAGCCAGGGAUACAGAUUCGAUGAUGAUGACCCAAGCGGUUCUAACUUUGGUAGCAAACGUAACAGCAGGAUUGAAUUCCAAGCCCUGCCGGACAACCCGAGGGCAGAUUUCAAAUUUGCCUUUGGUUUCAAAACAAUGAGCGAUAAUGGCAUUAUAUUCUAUGCUGCGAGUGGGACACAUCAAGAUUACAUCACAUUCUACAUUAAGGAUGGCAAGUUAGUGUUCAGCUUCAACCCUGGGAUGGGCGCAGCAAUUAUGAGGACUGAGGAUUUCUUCAAUGAUGGGGUGUGGCACAACGUUGUGUUGGAGCGCAAGGGGAACGAAGGAACCCUGUACAUAGAUGGCUUCUUGAAGGCCAACGGCACUUCCAGGGGAGAUUCUGUCUACAUUGACCUGCAGGUACCAUAUUAUUAUGGUGGAGUUGCUGCUGAAGUGGUGGAGCUGGUGAGGGGCAACACAGAGGGGAUAGACCUCUCUUUCAAUGGGUGCCUCAGGAACAUACGCAUGAAUAACCAGCGCAUUGCGGGUCAACCCGAAGCCACUGGAGUCAUCCGCUGCUCAAGCAAUGUGGAGCCCGGGAUAUUCUUUAGCGGUGGAGGAAGAUCUCAUGUCAUACUGCUCAAACGUUUCAGCGUUGGCAGAGUGUUUGAGAUGACGAUGGAAAUCAAGCCCCGCUCCAUUAAUGGUGUCAUCACAUCAGUUCAUGGCAGGCGAGACUUUGUAUUGCUGCAGCUCAGGAAUGGAAGCCUCGAGCUGAGUGUGGACAAUGGCAAAGGGAUCAUCACUGCCACCUAUGCACCAUCCUCUCCCUGGUCUUUCUGUGAUGGCAAGUGGCACUCAGUCCAAUUGAUCAAGAACAAAAAUAUUGCCAUUCUGGUUGUGGAUGGCCACACCACCGAGCCAGUGUCAGGCAAGAUUGGAGCCACUUCCACCGACACCAAGAACCCGCUCUUCCUUGGGUCACAGCCGUUUGUGACGCGCCGUCGAGGUGGAGCAGUCGAUGAAAAAUAUGUGGGCUGUAUGAGGAACAUCAGUGUCAACAAGGAAAACAUUGCCCUGGCUUAUGCCACUUAUGUGGGUAAUGUAAACUCUGGCACCUGCCCCACCAUCUGAGGCCCUACAGGGAGGGGAGUAAAUGAACCAUGAUCACUGUUCCCACAUAGUUCGCUGUAAAUCAUCUUUGCACAUAUCUGUUGAACAGUUUCUAGUAUUUGGUCUGUAAAACUAAAAACAUAAGUAGUGCUGGAAAAUUUAGGUAGAAAAAUAACACUUGUAUUUGGGCUGUAAGUCACUAAAGAGGGAACUAGUGGUGAAAAAUGUAGAAAAAAACAAGACUUACCAGUUUAGUUGAAUUUCGGCUUGUAACAUUUGGCAAUAUGGUUUCGAUAUGCAGUAAAAAUUUCACAAAAUUCA